UUGCCUUUCAAUCAAUCUCCCCCCACUAUCCAAAAAACGAUGCAGAAAUAGCCGUUGCAAUUCCAUCAAAAACCCUAGAAUUUAUCUCUUCAUCAUUCGACCGCAGAUAAGAAAACCCCCUUUUUUUUUCUCAAUUAACUCCACAAUCAGUCGAACAUUAAUCUAAGUUUCGCUAUACUUCUAGGGUUUUGCUGUACAAUUCAAUAAUCGAAAGAGAAGAAAACAAUGGCUUCUAAAUCCGCCACGAAAGACAUAAUCACUCUGCGAGGAUCGGCCGCCAUUGUCAGUGAAUUCUUUGGUUAUGCUGCAAACAGUAUACUUUACAAUCGAGGGGUAUAUCCGGAAGAAAGUUUUGCGAGAGUGAAGAAGUAUGGGCUUCCGAUGUUGCUUACGCAGGACGAAGGGGUCAAAUCCUUCAUUUCUAAUUUAACUUCUCAGCUUUCUGAGUGGCUUGAAGAAGGGAAGUUACAGAGGAUGGUUCUUGUGAUCAUGGGCAAACAAACUGGUGAGGUUUUCGAGAGGUGGAAUUUCAGUAUCGAGACUGAUGGCGAGGUCGUCGAAAAGGGAAUUUCGAGGGAGAAAAGUGACAAAGAAAUAAUGAGGGAAAUUCAGGCUAUAAUGAGGCAGAUAGCGUCCAGUAUUACGUAUUUGCCAUGCCUUGAAGAACCCUGUGUGUUUGACGUUUUAGCGUAUACCGACAAAGAUUGCGCAGUCCCGUUUACAUGGAUCGAGAGUGACCCUAAGCUGAUUGAUAACCCACAGAUGGUGAAAUUGCAUUCUUUCGAUACCAAGAUUCACAAAGUCGACACUCUGGUGUCGUAUAAGAACGAUGAAUGGGACGAGCCAUAAUUUCGUAUUCUCCACAUUUUAACAUGUUCUUAAGGAAUCACUGUUUUGAUUCAUAUUUUUUUAGUUUCGAGUGCAAAAACCGGAACUACGGAUUCUCUUGUGAAUCAUUGAUUCACAUUGUGUGUAUUAGUUUGUUUGUUUGAUUCAUACACAUUGUGUGUAUUAGUUUGUCAUUGUGUGUAUUACUGUUAUGCAAUUAUUUUUAUUUUUUUAAUCCAAAAAAAA